AUAACCUCGUGAAAUCUCGCGAGAUUGAACAAUUUGAGACUUUUCGCGGGAAAGAAAGGUGCUCCUGGUAUCUGGUCGAACCAGUUUGCAGGUCUUCCACGCUCAUAUCUGAUCGAAAAUGGGGAGGAAAUCAAAUAAAGGAAAGGAAAAGAAGAAGAGGAGAAAGGAGGAACAGGCAAAGCUGGCAGCCUCCUUCACUCUUGUGGAGGCAGCAAACAAGCAAGAAGACCCAAUGGCAACAAUGGCUCCAUUCAAGAAAUAUGAAAGGAAUGGGCUGAAUCUGGCCAUUGAGUGUAAAAAGGUGGCUGAAUUGGACAAGGACACAGUGGACUGGGCCUUCUCCGUUACUAAGGACAACAUGCAGACAUUGUAUGAGGAGAGUAACUGGGGCUGGAAUGAUCGUCUGAAAAAAGAGGAGCUGACAGAAGACAAGGCCUGGUACCUGGUGGCCAGAGACCAGGAUGGCCAGCCCAUUGCCUUCUCACACUUCACUAUGAAAUCCAGCUGACCAAGACAGCUCGAAGAAAAGGCCUUGGGAAGUUCAUGAUGCAGAUUUUACAGCUCCUGGCUAACAAGGCCCAAAUGCUGAAGGUGAUGGUCACAGUCUUCAAAAUGAACACAGAAUCCAGGGACUUCUUCCUCAGGGCACUAAAGUUUGAGCUGGAUGAAACAGACCCCGGACUGUGUGACCCCAUGGAGGCAGAUGAGUAUUGCUAUGAGAUCCUCAGCAAGAAGACAGUUCUGGGAGUCAAGAAACAGCAGGAGGGUGACCAAUGCUGCUCAGGCUCAGGCUGCUCACGCAACCAACCCCACUGAUGACUACAUGGUUCACAUUUACACAUCUGCCUCUGAAUAUUGACCAAACUAUGCUUAUCUCAUCUUCUUUACUACAAUGGAAUGGAAAAUGAUACCCAACAAAUGUUUUGCAUAUGUCUUCUGACCACUGAUUGGUUUGAUUUUGUAGACUAGCUGGUGCUGAUGUUGUUUAAGGUAUUGUGGCAGGUACAUUAUUAUUUUUGUAGAGCAUAUGUAGAUAUAUCAAGGGCAUUCAACACUGAAUUGUGUAUACAUGUAUUGAGAAUUGCAGAAACACAUGCAGACAUACCAAGACACCAAGAGAAUACAUCAAUGCUUUACCCACAAGUAAAUGUAUAUGUACUUAAAAAGUAGAAUACUGUAAAUGUAUUUAAGUUCGCGGGGAUUUAAUUUCGCGGUAGCGGGAAAAAGGACUUUUCGCGGUGGAUUUAAGUUCGCGGUAACACCAUAGACUGCAAUCUAAUAUCAUAAUAGAAAAACAUUAAUCCACCGUGAACAUUUCUGCAUUUACAGUAUACAUUACAGUUUGAAAUUGUAUUAACAUUACAUGAGGUGAAAAAUUUUAGAAUAAGUGGACCAUUUAUUUCUAACCUUUAUCCUAUCAAACCUGGGGACAGAAAUCAUGCUGAAUAAUGAAUAAAUUGUGGGUGUCAGCCCAACUACAUA